AUGGAAGACGGCGUGCUGAAAGUAAGGGGCCGCAUAAACGCAGCCACGGCACCCGACACAAUGAAGAAGCCGGUAAUCCUCGACGGCCGGCACAGAAUAACCAGACUAAUAGUGUUACAGGAACAUUGUGCCGCCGGACACGCCAACCGCGAGCGUGUCACCAACGACCUGAGGCAGCGCUACUGGGUCAUCCACCUGCGGCCUACAGUGCGCGCUGUGGAGAAGAACUGCGCGCUGUGCCGAGUACGCCGAGCAAUGCCGCAGGUCCCAGCCAAAGGGGACUUGCCGCGCGCUCGCCUCGACCCGUUCCACCGACCCUUCACCAACUGCGGGGUCGACUACUUCGGGCCAAUGAUGGUCAAGAUCGGACGAAGAAGAGAGAAGAGAUGGGGCGCGCUGUUCACCUGCUUGACAUCGCGCGCCGUGCACCUAGAGCUCGUCGCGUCUCUAUCAACGGACUCAGCCAUCAUGGCGCUGAGGAGAAUGGCGGCGCGCAGAGGGUGGCCUCGUCUGAUGUACUCAGACAACGGAACAAACUUCAGGGGCGCCGAUCAAGAACUGAAGAAGGCGUACAACGAGUGGGCGCCGGCGCUACAAGAAGAAGCGCUGCGCCACCGAAUGGAGUGGCGCUACAUUCCGCCGGGUGCGCCACAUCAAGGCGGUGCUUGGGAGCGGCUGGUGCGGUCAGUGAAGACCGCGCUCGGCGCGACACUACGGGAGAAGGCGCCACCAGAAGAAGUGCUGUGGACUCUGCUAACCGAAGCGGAGUUCGCGGUGAACGCAAGGCCGCUGACUCACGUGAGCGUGAGCCCAGACGACCCCGAAGCCCUCACGCCCAACCACUUCCUGUUGGGCUCCUCAACGGGACUGCCGACGACGGGGCCGUGCGACGAAGCAGACCGACGGACCUGGCGCGCCAGCCAGGCGCUCGCCGACCACUUCUGGCGCCGAUGGAUCAAGGAGUACCUACCGACGCUCGUGCCACGGGGGGAGGCGCGAAAGGACACGCGACGCCUCGAGGAAGGUGACGUGGUCAUCAUCGUGGACCACGUCUUGCCGCGCAACACAUGGCCCAUGGGGGUCGUGGUGCGCGUUCACGCCGGGCCGGACGACGCUGUGCGGGUAGCCGAAGUGAAGACCAAGAGCGGGAUCUUCAGACACCCCGUCAGCAAGCUCGUCGUGAUGAAGGAGGCUACGCAAGCUACGCCGGGGGGAGGACUUACGCCACGUGUAUUGCGUCUACACGUGGAGGAGGCGUGGCCUAGGCGGCACAUGCAAGACAGCCGCCGCGGCUUUGAGCCGCCGCCGCCGCUUUGUGACUCGCCGCCGGGCGAUGGCUUUGUGGCCCGCCGCAUCACUUUGUAUCUCGCCGCCAGCAACGCAUAUAAAUAG